GAAGUAACAAACUAAGACGACAUGGAUCGACGGACUGUUCAAGCGUCUUGCUUACUGUCUUCAUCAUGGAUGGAAAACUUCGCGUAAGCAGCAUUGUUUAGGUUUAUCUGUAUUCAGACAUGCAAAUAGACGUGUCCGCGUUCACCCCAGGAGAAAGUAUUUUUCAGUAUACAUUUUUCACACGAGCCAACUCGUGUCCUUGAAUUUCGUCGUUAGCAUUUGAUCCACCCUGUUGACGAUGAAUCCAUCUCAUAUCUUUGGUACACCGCAAAGUGCGUUCCAGGCCCCUAAUAGUAAUAAUCAGAGUACCGGCAUCUUUCAGUCCUUCGGCCAACAGGACUCCAAUACCCCUACGCAGAACGUUGGAUUUGCGGCGACACCUACGUUCAGCCAGCCCUCUGCUUUUAGUCAGCCGUCUGGGUUUGGCCCGCCUUCAGGGCAGACUUCUGUGUUUGGACAAGCUUCGUCGUUUGGGCAGAAACCAUCUUUUGGUCAGAGCGAUGGCUUACCACAGGGAUCUGGACAAUCCUCCACUUUUCCCUCCAUGACUCAAACUUCUGCCUUUGGAGCACCGGCGAUGGAGUUGAGGGGUCCGCCAUCUUUUGCCACCUCUCAGCCAACGUUUGGAUCUGCACACGGAUUUGCACCCAACGCUACAUUCAGCCAGCCUACUGCUUUUAGGCAGCAAGCGACAGGUUUCGGCCUCUCUACCAGUACAUCCCAGGGGCCAUCCAGUUCCAGUGGGGCAGGUCAAUCUUUUGGCUCGAACGUUUCGUCUUUCGCCCAGCAGCCGGCACCUUCCCAGCCCAGUGGUUUGUUUAGUACCGCGGUCAGUAGCCAGAGCUUUGGGACAACAACAAACUUCAAACCGGCGAACGAGGCUCUGUUUAAACCCAUAUUUAAUGCCAGUCCGGAACCGACCAAUCCCCAGCCUGCACCUGCUUCUGUGACUUUCAGUUCCACCAAGACGAGCGUCAGUGUCCGUAGGCCAAGGAAUCAACCGUCUGUCCGUGAAGGCAUCAGCGCAGUUAUGGACUUUAGUUUUUCUCAGCCAGCUGCAGCUCCAUCGAUUUCAGCCUCUGGCGCCUGUCUGCAAAAAACCGAAACAACCUCUAACAGCAGCAGCAGUCUCCAGUUCACCUUCUCCCAGCCUGCGAAUCCUUCCAGCAGCACUAGCACCGUUUCUAAACCAUCCUCUGAACCAGUGACUCCCUUCUCCUUCAACUUCGCACCCAGUGCCUCCAAGUCUGGUUUUGCAAGCAAACCGGAAGCCUCGCAGAUCCCAGCGGAGAGAGGUGCCGAUCAGGAGAGCGCGGGCGCGGCGGGGUCUUUUGGGAGUCUGGGGAAAGGAAUGAAACGUAAGGAGGAGUCGGCAGAUCCGGCAGCCAGUCAAGCGAAAGCUGUGAAAGCAGAGAAUACGCAGGGAGGAGGAGGAGGAGGAGGAGCGGAGGCUCCGAGACACCCGCCCAAACGCCCCCUUCUGAGGAUGCAUCCUGCCGCCGGCGGUGGAGUGUUCAGGAGUGUGCUGAGUGGCCUCAUGAAAUCAGCCGCCAACCAGACCAACAGGGAGCAUGCAAAAGAGGCAGAGAGUCCACCAGACUGGAGCCAGCCUGAGAGACCAGAUCCUCCAGUCCCAGUGUCUGAUGUGGCUGGCACUGCUACCAGGGCCCCUGCUCCAGCAGUAGCUACUCUGGAUAGCACAGAAAAAUCCACUCCUGAGGAAAAGUCUCCCAUCAGACGUAGCCAGCGCACUGUGAGCACUGACAGUCUGGGCGGCCUCUCUCCGUCUGAUUCCACCGCAGUCCAGUGCAAGAAUAUCCCAGCAGAUCUCAACACGAAGGAUAUCAUCACCGAACACUUUAGUAAAUUUGGGAAAGUCUGCAAGGUGUUGUGCAGGCCCAAGAAGGAUCUUGCCAUCGUGCAUUUCCAAGACCACGCCUCUGCUUCCAAAGCCAAAAAGAGGGGGAAGAAUUUUCACAGACAUGAAAUUCAAAUAUUUUGGCAUAGAAAGAAACAGAGCCCUGGAGAUAAAGCUGCGAGACGUCCCGAGGGGAACGCCAGAGUGAGCGAGACGUCGGACGCCCGGCCGGGACCCCUCAUGUCCUCUCCUCUACGGAACCCACCGUCCAGGUCUUCGGCCGUGAGCAGCACCGUCUCCCUCAGCAAAGGCUCUCCAAUCAAAAAACCUACCAUAGCCAAAACGCUGCAGUUUGAUAGUGACCCGCAGCAGCAUUCGGGUGCUGAGGGUCAGAGUUCAGACCGCCCGGUGACCAGCCUGCCCUCCUCCCUCCUCCCUCUGAUUGGUCAGGUGGCUGAGACGUCAGAGGAGAAGUAUCGCCUCCUCGAGAUGAGAGAUAAGAUCUUACGGCAAGGUCGGCCAAAAAGGACAGACCUGGACUUGUCCAAAGUGUUUGUGGGGACAUGUCCUGAUAUGUGUCCAGAGAAAGAACGGUACAUGAGGGAGACACGUAACCAGCUCAGCACCUUCGAGCUCGUCCCAGACACAGAGAAGGUGGACCACUGUGCUGCCAUUAAAGAAUACAGCAGAUCAUCAGCUGACCAGGAAGAGCCCCUCCCUCAUGAGCUCAGACCACUUCCUGUGUUGAGUAUGACCAUGGACUACCUGGUCACCCAGAUCAUGGACCAAGGAGAGGGAAACUACCGUGACUGGUACGACUUUGUCUGGAACAGAACCAGAGGCAUUCGCAAGGAUAUUACCCAGCAGCACUUGUGUGACCCGGUGACCGUGUCGCUGAUCGAGAAAUGCAUGCGCUUCCACAUCCACUGCGCCCACCACCUGUGCCAAGAGCCGAUGAUGUCGUUCGACGCCAAGAUCAACAACGAGAACAUGACCAAAUGCCUCCAGAGCCUGAAGGAGAUGUACCAGGACCUGGCCACCAGGGGGGUGUACUGCUCCCACGAGGCAGAGUUUCGCCAGUACAGCGUGCUGCUCAAACUGAACGACGGGGAUAUUCUGCGUGAGGUGCAGCAGUUUCGCGAAGAGGUGCGGAACUCUCCGGAAGUGAAGUUCGCCGUUCAGGCCUUUGCCGCUCUCAACAGCAACAACUUUGUCAGGUUCUUCAAACUGGUCAACUCUGCCUCUUAUCUGGCCAGCUGUAUCCUCCACAGAUACUUCAAUCAGGUGAGACGUGAGGCGCUGAGGGCCCUGAACAUAGCAUACACCGUGGGUUCCCAGAGGUCCACUGCCUUCCCUAUCGAGGACGUGGUCAGGAUGCUAAUGUUCCGGAACGCCAGCGAGGCCUCCGACUUCGUCCAGCAGUACGGUCUCAACGUCACCGAUGGCAUGGUGGAGCUGAGCAGAACAGCCUAUCAGGAGCCAGAGCUUUCCAUGCCUGAGAGGAAGUCUGUUACCAUAGAGAAGAAACGGACUGUGCUGAUUGGAGAGGUGGUGAACGGAGGGCCGCUGCCCAAUCCGCCACACCACACCCCUGUCUGUAGCUUUGACUCUCAGCACAGGUACAGAGGAGAAGAGAUUUCUCUGGAGCCUCCCUCUGCUCUGAAGGCUCAAACCUUUGCACAGAGGCAGGAGGGGAAGACCACUGCUGAAGCGCUUGCCACAGUGCAGCCUGUGAACGCUGCAGACGCAGAGGGAGCCGUGGCGAUGGGUCACUCGGCGACGACAUCCCUGCCCCCAGACGCAGUGCUCCCAUUCCAGCCCGCCAAACUCCCGACCCCCCCUCCCAAACCCGAGCCCGUCUACUCAGACGAGGAUAUAAUGGCAGAGGUGGACUCGGUCGUGGACGAGGUGAUUCUACCCGAGAUUAAGGAGGUGGCCACCGCUGGAGCAGAAUAUGUCUCCACCGCGCUCAGUGAGAGCGGCAGCCAGCUGGAGGCGAUAGUGAGUGAAGUUCUGGGUCAGAUGCUGAGAGAGGUGUCCACAGCAGAGAUCGAAGCUGAGAAGAACAGAAUUGCUGAGGAGAAACGCAAGAUGGAAGAAGCCAGACGUAAACAGGAGCGUGAGGCCUUCCUGAACCGCUUCAGUGAAGAUCUCUGUUCUGAGAUCAGUGAAGAAGUUCUCCUAGAGAGCAUCAAGGAGACAGCCGGCGCUGAGAUACAGCAGGCACUGGAGGAGAAGGCAGCGUGUAUUGCGCGUUGUUCUGAGGAGGAGUGUGACAGUCUGAUUGAGGAGGCUCUAAGCAUGGAGAUUACUCAGAUAGCCCAGGAGGUCCUGGAUGUGGAAUUACGACGCAUCCGACGCUUCCUGAAGAGGUGGCGUGACGUGGUAGCAGUGCGCAGACAGCUGAAGAGGCAGAUGCGUGGUUUUCCGGCUGCUCCGUGCUGUGUUGACCCGCGGUUCAAAGUCAAAGCCUUUGCCCCCAGUGCUCCUACCUGCCCCUCUCUGGAACUCCUGGCAAAAGGACUGGUCCAUCUGGGAAACGCUGGCCUCAUGACCGUGUCCUGUACGAGGUUACUGAAAAUGAGACAGGAGGCUGUCCACCAGAUGAAAGUGCACUUCUUCUACAGUAAACUGCUGAGCGAGCGUGUGUGGUCGCCCCUUGACCUCCCGUCCCUCGUGGCAGAGAGUUUUCCCUGUCCUCCAGAGAGAAUCUUCUGGAAAGCUGCCCUGCUUUUACCCAGCAAUCAAGAGAGCGAUACAAGUAUUGUCAACAGGGUUUUGACGGCCUGGUUGGAGGCUAAGUUGGGUGGAGAGGAAAGGAUGGAAGACGGCGAGAAAGACCCGGAGGGGAAAUUACAAACCUUGUCCAUGAGUAACGGCCUGAGAGACGUUGGAAACAGGACUCACAAAGUUCACGUCUGCGUAAAGGUGGCCCACGGUCCGCUCAGUGAGGAGCAGCAGUGCCAGCUGGAGGAGCAGAAGGAGUUGCUGGGCACCAGCGCCCUGGUGAUAAUGCUGCCCGCUCUGUUCAGCGCGGGCCAGGGAUGCCAGGGUCAGGAAGAGGACGUGCCCCUGCUGUCUGCCCUCCUCCAGCUUAAACAGGUCCAGCAGGCCAGUGGCUUCCACUGCCCGCUGCCCCUGGCCGUCAUCGUGCCCGUCCAGUCUGAGGGCACAGCCAGCGAUCAGACGCUGGAGGAAGGUCUGAGGUUGAAGAUGCUGGUUGAGGACGGACUUAUCUCCGAAUACACCUUCAUACGGAUCCCUGAAACCACCAAUGACAUGCAAGGAUCUGAGCAGGUCAGUGAUGCAGUGCGGUGGCUGGUUUCCCGCUGUCCUGCUCCCUCUGUCCUGACCUCUCAGACGCUGGUCCAGUUUGUGGAGUCCGGCCUGUGUCAGGAGUUCAGUUCCAGACUGUACCACGACAAGCAGAACCGGGCCGGCGCCAGGCUGCCGAGCCAAGAUCCCGCGCCCAUUAUAGAGCUCUAUAACAGCGUCCUGAGUUUUCUGGCCAACCUAGUGUCUUCCGAACAUCUCUCUGGCCUCUCCUGGCCCCCCUCUGAGUUCUCCGUGUCUGAGACCAGAGACCUGGUGCCUCAUCUGGAGUGGAACUCCCCCCAGCACCUGGCCUGGCUGAGGAGAACUGUCCUCAGCCUACAGCUCCCUGUCUGGGACCUCCCUCCGGUCCAUGCUGCCUGGAGCUUUUUGCGUGCCUCCAUAUUUCAGUAUGUCUCCCAGAUCCCCACGUCACCCCGGACCCAACCCCUCCUCAUGUCACGCCUGGAGAACCUUCUGGAGAGGGUGCGCUCCCGUUGCGUGCCUCUAGGAAGCGAGGAUGAUGAUGAUGAUGAUGAUGAUGAAAAAGAAGGACCCACUUUUUUCCAGAUCCCCUGGGACGACAUUGUGGUUCUCUGCGUCGAUCAUCGGCUGAGGGACUGGAAGCUUCCAGAAUAUCCUAUGGCAGAUGAUGCUCUCACUGAUGACGGUGAGAUUCUGGUAUACUUCCACAAAGACAGUCUGAAGAGGUUCCAGCCCCCAGUCAGCUGGAUAGAGGCUGUGAAACGCACGCACCAGGAGAAACGGGAGGAGAAGGCGCAGGGAGACACGCCGAGGCAGACGCCCGUGCUGGCGCGGCGUUUUCCCAGACAGAGGCUGUUCCAGAGCCUGAUGAGGACAGAGGAGGAGUCUGCCUCUGUGCUGGACAUCACCCACACCCCCUCCCCCCAGGAGCUCCUCCCACACCGUGUGCUCUCUGGCAUCCAGCAGGAGAAGGCUGAAAGCAAGAGGUUCGAGGAGCAGCUGCAGCGCUGGUUGGAUGUCGACCCCCUGACCUCCCUCUCCAUGCCUCUCUUCCUCCCCUCCACUCUCCUCUCCGUGCCUGAGAUUCUCACAACGUCUCAGAGGAGCCCUGCGGCGUCCGCCUCCCUCAGACAGGAAGUCCGUAACGACGAGCUCGUCGAAAGCGCGAGCAGUAGUUUGCUGUUGAGAGGAGCACCUGUGUCCAUUGCGAAACGUCUGAAGGACCUUGAUAGGCUGAUCUCAGCCAAUCGAGAGGAGGAGCUGGCAUGCUGCCUUAAACUCAGCAGCCUAUUGGACAUCGUUGAAGACUGAGGGACGGUCCAAUUUAGCAGUGACUCAAAUGUCUCUCCUCUUCUCUCAAGGGGGGGAUUUUGAUUUGGUCUUGAUCAAAAAGAUUUAGGCUUGAAUGACUGUGUGUGCGUGUGUGCGCGUGCGUGCGUGCGUUUAAUUUUGCAUUCACUGCUUUUGCGAAAAGAUGUGACUUUUUGUAAGUUUGUUUCCUAUGAUAGCUUUGUUGAAAGGAUCUUGUCUGAUCACACAUGACAGAGUAAAGUUUUUACAAAAACUCAGUAUAUCAUGAUAUUCCAAACUGGUCACAUCUUUUGAACAAAAUGGGAUGUUUAUUGCUUUCGUUUGAAUGAAAUGUAUUGUUUUGAACAUCUGCAUGAAAUGACGACCUGUAUUUAUUACAUGGCC